AAUGCCAAGAACAAAAAGAGUGUACUCCGGGAAAACCAUAACAGGAGUUCUCUAUCCUGUUGCAAUUUGCAUGUUGUUCGUCGCGAUAAAUGUGAAACUCAGCCAGCCAGAACAACAAGAACAAUCUAAAGUAGUAUACGGACUGUUCCAUUCAUACGAUACCGCGGAUAGCGGGACAAUCACUUUGUAUUUGAUUGGAUUUUUGAUUUUGACGACUAGUUUGGGAGUUUUUUGUUAUCAGAUGAAGUUUUAUAAGGCCAUAAAAGUAUACGUAUUAGCCAACAGCAUUGGAAUUCUGCUGGUUUACUCAGUUUUCCAUUUCCAAAGAAUAGCUGAAGCCCAAUCAAUUCCAGUAUCUGUACCAACAUUUUUCUUCCUUAUUCUCCAAUUCGGUGGUCUUGGAAUAACAUGUCUCCACUGGAAAUCCCAUCGACGACUUCAUCAAUUUUAUCUUAUUAUGCUCGCAGGUCUAACUGCAAUUUUUAUUCUCAAUAUUCUUCCCGACUGGACUGUUUGGAUGGCAUUAACAGCGAUUUCAUUUUGGGAUAUUGUUGCUGUUCUGACACCGUGUGGACCAUUAAAAAUGCUCGUGGAAACUGCGAAUCGACGCGGAGACGACAAAUUUCCAGCUAUUUUAUACAAUUCAAGUUCAUACGUGAAUGAAGUGGAUUCCCCUGACACAACACGAUCAAACAGUACCCCGCUAACUGAAUUCAACAAUUCAUCGAGUUCAAGGCUUUUGGAAUCUGAUUCACUUUUGAGGCCUCCAGUGAUUCCCAGACAGAUUAGAGAAGUACGAGAAGUUGAAGGAACAAUUCGGUUAGGAAUGGGAGAUUUUGUAUUUUAUUCACUGAUGUUGGGAAAUACUGUUCAAACGUGCCCACUUCCAACUGUCGUCGCGUGCUUCGUAUCCAAUCUUGUUGGUUUGACAAUUACUCUGCCAAUUGUCACAUUAUCUCAAACUGCACUUCCAGCAUUGCCGUUCCCGUUGGCAAUUGCAGCAAUAUUCUACUUCUCCUCCCAUAUCGCAUUAACCCCAUUCACCGAUCUGUGCACCUCACAGCUAAUUUUAAUUUAAAUUUUCAUAAUAUUGUGCUAUUUGUUUUGUGACCGGGUUGUUCUAAAGAUGAUGUAGUAUAUAAAUAUUUACAUUUG